AUGCGUAUCGCACCUGACAAGUGCACGGAGGGCGUCAGCCGCAUGACAAGCAAGGGGCAGACAGGUCCCUGCCCCAAGGAGAAUACAGUCCAAGCGAGGACAAUGGGAGUGAGCAGGCAAGGAGGCAAAAAGAAGGAGGAGAGGGAGGGACAAUCAAGGAAGGGGGUGAAAAAUCACAGAGAGGCGUGAAGGUUAGGGGAGGGACAGGUAACAAUGAGGUGGGAAUCAGCAAAUAAAAUCACACAAAUCUGAGCCAUCACCUCUGUCAUAAGAAGAGCCUGCUAAAUUAGGUCAAUGGCCCACCUAGACUAGCAUCUUGUUCUCACAGUUAAGAAGGACUUGGCCUGACCCAGACAUGAGGAUCUGGUCCAGUGCUGGGUGCGCCACCUAGUGAAUAAUAAUAAUAAUAAUAAUAAUAAUAAUAAUGAUAAUAAUUUCUUAUUUAUACCUCACCCAUCUGGCUGGGUUUCCCCAGCCACUCUGGGCAGCACCCAACCGAAUAAUUAAAACAUAAUACAGCAUUAAACAUUAAAAACUUCCCUAAACAGGGCUGCCUUCAGAUGUCGUUUAAAAGUAAGAUAGUUGCUUAUUGCCUUGACAUCUGAUGGGAGGGCGUUCCACAGGGCGGGUGCCACCACCGAGAAGGCCCUCUGCCUGAUUCUCUGUAACUUUGCUUCUCGCAGUGAGGGAACCGCCAGAAGGCCCUCAGCACUGGACCUCAGUGUCCGGGCUGAACGAUGGGGGUGGAGACGCUCCUUCUGAUAUACUGGGCUGAGGCCAUUUAGGGCUUUAAAGGUCAGCACCAACACUUUGAACAGACUCCUAACUCCUUGGCUGAAAAGGGAGAGAGGGUCCCAUUAAUCUUAUGAGGACCUUGGCUGUCACAUGGCAAGCCAGUGUCAGUAAGUCACACAGUUCAAAGCUAUAGUUAACUAUUAGGGAAACAUGAGCUUCACAGACUAGACAGAGUUCCAGGCCUAAUGAGCUCAGCAGCUCAGGCCCUGUAGAUCUUACUCCAUGAAAUCAGUUGCUGAGACUAAAAGUCCCAGCCUCCCCACCGCUGUCAAAGUUGUCUCCUCUCCAGGGCUUCUUGCAAGAAAUCGGAGACUGUGCCUGCGUGUAGGCUGCCUAUGCUCUGGUCUUUUCAUCCCUCUUCUGGUUCUGCGAGACAGGAGGGAGGGGAGCUUGUCGUAGCAGGAAGAGGAGACCCCCAUGCCUAUACACUAGCCUGAUUCAUCUCUGCCUUUUGGCUUCCCUCCUCCCACUGUCCUGCUUCAGCUUCUGGUUCUUGAUUUCUCUCUGGCACAGACGCUCCCAGCUCACCAAGCCCUCUUACCCCUUCAGCUUCCAACAUCUCUUCUCAGUCUUCUCCCUCUGACCGCUGAUCGUUGCCCCAAGCUCUGAGCCUUUCCCCCUUUUGUUCCCCAUCUGGUUCCUCCCACCAUUCCUCUGCCAGUCCAUGACACUGGCAUUCUGUGUCAGGAGCUCGGCCUACACUCGAGUAGGACCCUGGCAGAGACACAUGCCUGACUGGCAUGUUCCCUCCCUCCUGGUCUUUCAUUCGGGAGCUUCAAAAGCUUUCUUCAGCCCGAACAUCACAGCGACAGAUGCCAACAGACACCGGCACACUUAGGGAUCUGCACAGUCUUCGCGGGUUGCGUAAUGGACCUCAGCAACUCAGCAUUUUGGCUAAUCUACUUUAUUUACAUAGAAACACACCCGGAGCACUGCAACAUGGCUCCCUCUCUCUCUAGCAUCAGACAGCAAAGAGGAAAAGAACAAAGGACAAUAGUCCCACUUCACAGAACACAGUAAGACAAACAUCCUGUCUCCGUCACUUCCCACUCUGUGGAGUCAAAACAUAUACCGUCAUGUGAUAGACAACAAUCUCAUGACUGCAAUCACGGAGCAGGAAUUCUAACAUUCUGCAGCCCAGAAGAAGUUUCUCCUGCAGUGAAAAGCAGGAAUAAGCAAAGGCCCAUUAAGCUUAUGGCCUUGAAGAGUGGGAAGCCGGUAAACCUCAUUAGCUAAAGAGGCUAGUUGUACUUUGGCCGGGGACUUCUGUUCCCCAGGGGGUUUCUAUUGUGGAGGUGGCCUCUGGCUGCCUCUGCUCUAGGCGCAUUAGUCUGAUGCUCCUGCGAGCAUGUCUUAUUUCAUCUCGCAUUGCCAGGCAAUUUGGCCAUCUCUAGGCUUCAUGCAGCAGGAUUCUCCCAGUGCCUGCCAGUUGACUUCCCAGGUUCCUGCAUCGCCAUAAAUUCUCACAACUUUCCCGUGCUUUGGGCAUUCCCUGGAUAUCUGCCAGGUGUUCCGUACUGGAGAGCUGGUGGGAUGUGCAGUAGUCAAGACUGCCCUGCAGGAGCCUGGAGAGACCCCAGUUUGACUCUUGCCACAGAAAUAAGCUCACUAACUGAACUUAGGCAAGGCAUGUUCCCUCUCCCUGACCCUUUCUCUUAGCCUCAGUCUUCACAUCUGCAAUAUGGGGAUAAUAAUGCCAGCUUACAUUUACAUGGUUUCUGUAAAGUGUAGGAGUGCAAAUAUCCAGAGUGUGGGGUCAGGUGGGAUUACUAUGAGGAAUUAUAAAAUAUGCAUCAAGCCAUCGUGUCCACGAUGAAUGCAUUGUGUUGACUGGGUUUGAUACAUUGGCAAUAAUUUCUGAUCAAAUCCCACAACCCUCUGCAUCUCUGGCCAUUUCCUCUACUGCCCAUUUCUCUUGCUUGACAAGUCAUGUACACACUUAAGACAGGCAGACGUCCUGGGUCAUCAAAGACAGUGGGCAGUUUCUUUGAUGUAGCUUUUCUGAUAUGUUAAUCUUAGGAUGUUAAUCUUAGGGCCAGGAAACAGGUCUCACAUAACGGUGAUAAUGAUCGCUGUCCUCUUGGCCAUCCUUCUUAUCAUGUGUAUUGAUUGUUUAUGACCUCCGGGGUUGCUGAAUGCACUCCUUUGUAGUUUUCAUUCAUUUACCCCAAAAUAUGCAUGCUUAACUAAUGUUUGUAGUUUAACUUUGUCCCCACGUGGGGUUUGUUGAAAUGCUCAGAAGAAAUCUGAUUGGUUCUUACGAACACUCUGUAAAAAGUUCUUUUGUGAAUAAAACAACCUGGGCCGAGGGGUGGAGAGAUCAGACAUUAUUAUACGCACCCUUCCCAGAGUCUUGCUGGUUCAAGCCUCUGUGUGUAUUCUUAUUAAUCAGAGUUCUUUAAUCCUUCCUUUACUUUGGGAACGCCUCAGUAAAGGUUUUUGAGAUGAAAUGUGUGUGAAAUGCUUUGAAAGGUAGGGCAUUAAUUCUGGGCAUCAGGUUAUAGUUGAGCUUUGAUGUCCGUCCUUAACUGUUGACAUGCAGUUAAUAUCUGGGGGCAUUUGAUAACUGACCUUCAGUGAUUCUCAGCAUUCAAGGCUGGUUCUUGCCAACUCAUAACAUUUGGUUUCCAUUUCAGCCUCAGUCCAAGGCCGGACGCAAACCCAGGCGGAGGAGAGACUCUUCAAACACCUUUUCAAUGCAUACAACAAGUGGUCCCGGCCAGUCCCCAAUACCUCUGAUGUCGUUAUUGUCAGGUUUGGGCUGUCCAUUGCUCAGCUGAUUGACGUGGUAUGUGUCCUGUUCACUCACCUCACUGCUCUUUGCAAAAAAACAAAAGCAGCUGCACAGAAAUGUUUCCCCUAUAUUGGAAAAGGCAAUGUGAAAAUGGAGUGUGGGCGGGAGAGAAAAAUACUUACCCAUUCAGAGUGAGGGUUUUCCCACCCUCACUCUGAACUGGCUUCGUGGUGGCAUACAGCCCAAUCUGAUGUAUGUGUUGUUAUUUUUUUCUAGAUGACUAUGCACUUUGCUGCAUAAAAACGUUAUGUGUUGGGAUAGAUAUGUAUUGAAGAAACUGCACCUGGCUGCAGUUGACAGGAAGUAGACAGAGAGAGAGAUUGCCCUUCAGAUGGAAAGCAAGGCCAGUUUGAAGAGAUAACCUUGUUCUCAGAUAUCAAGUAGCAGGCCGUAGAGCUCCUCACUCUGGUUUAAGAGGAGUACAUGUGUGAACACAAACAUAGGGAGUUGCCGUCUACUAACUCAGACCCUUGGCCCCUCUAUUCUAGUAUCGACUAUAUAUUCACUGGUCUUCAAGCUGGUCUUUGACCGUAAUAAAUUAUCUAUCUAAUUAUCUAUCUAUCACUGGUCUUCCACUUGUUCUGACUCAUCUUUGCAAGUCUUCCUUGCAGAUCCUGAGGGCAGAACCUGGUUCCUUCUGCAUCCAAAGCAGCUGUUCUGCCACUGAGCUUUGGCUGAGCAUAGGGUCCCCAUAUCAUUCUAAUAUCAGAUCUCCCUCUUUCCAGGCCUGGAUGCAGUGAGAGCAGAGGACUCUGGUCCCAGAUGACCUCUUUAAUUAGCAUUCAUCUAGAUUUCUUUGUGGGAAGGUUACAUAACAUGGCCCACAUUCCCCCAUAAUUUCCCUUGCUGCAGAAAAGGCGUUUUUGCCUUUUGCCUUUUUGGGAACAGGCUUUGAUGCACAGGCGCCAAAUCCACUUCAACGGGGCAACCUGAAUUGGCUGGUUUGUGAUUUAGAGUGGUACCUUGGUUCUCAAACUUAAUCCGUUCUGGAAGUCCGUUCCAAAACCAAAGCGUUCCAAAACCAAGGCGUGCUUUCCUUUAGAAAGUAAUGCAAAACGGAUUAAUCCGUUCCAGACUUUUAAAAACAACCCCUCAAACAGCAAUUUAACAUGAAUUUUACUAUCUAACGAGACCAUUGAUCCAUAAAAUGAAAGCAAUAAUCAAUGUAGUGUACUGUAAGAUAAAUAAGACAAGAUUGUAGAUGAUAAAAAUUAAAAUUAUUCUUUUUCCUUACCUGCACUGAUGACAGUCAUUGUUUGGGUGAGGCGCUUUUAUCCAUUUUCACAGUCACACAAUCAAUCCAUCAAUCAAUCAAUCAAUCAAUCAAUCAGUAGCUGAACUGGAUUCCGCACAGUCACAAAAACAAAUGAACUGAAAAAGCCUCAAAAACAAAAACGCAAAAUAAAUAGCAAAAACAAAAGCACCAAACUUAAUCCGUUCUGGAAGCCAAAAUGUUCAAAAACCAAGGCACAGUUUCUGAUUGGGGCAGGUGCUUCGGAAACAAUAACCGACAGCCACUUGGGAGGUUCGGCUUCCGAAAAACAUUUGAAAACCUGAACACUUACUGCCGGGUUUUCGGUGUUUGGGAAGCAAGGCGUUUGAGAAUCAAGGCGUUUGAGAACCAAGGUACCGCUGUAAUCCCAUCCACAAAAUAGAGACAACAGCUUCUGUUUGCAGCUUUGCGUUUCUUUCAAACAAUCUCUCUCUCUCUCUCUCUCUCUCUCUCUCUCUCUCUCUCAUUGUCUGCAAAUCUAGGAUGAGAAGAAUCAAAUGAUGACCACAAACGUUUGGCUCAAGCAGGUAAAGUGCGAUGGGAGUUAAAGGCAGGGAGCGCAACGCAAACUCUAGCAAAGUUUUGGGGGUGUAGAGACGGAAGGGACCCAAGAGUCCUCUUCUCCAACCCUUUCCAAUGCAGGAAUAAAGAUAUACUGCAUUUCUCUGUGUAUAAGACGGUGUUUUUCGCUUUAAAAAAUUAGGCAAAAAUUGGGUCUCGUCUCAUACAUGGAUAGUGAACGCAGAGGGGGGAUGUGAGAUUAAUGGCAGCAGCAAGCAGGAGAUUGGCAGUGGCGAUAGGGCGAGUGAUUGGUGGCUGCAGCAAGUGGGCGGGUGGGCUGCAAGCAGGCAGACAAUUGGUGGCUGCGGCAAGGUGUGUGAUCGGCAGUGACUUUGGCAAAUGAUCGGCAGUGGCUGGUAGGUGGUUGAGUGAUUGGCGGAAGUGACCUCCCCCCCCCCAAAAAAAGCUAAACAACUUAAUUUCUGAAUUUUGGGUUUUAAAAAAUAGGAGUCGUCUUAUACACGGAAAAAUACAGUGCAGUCAUAACUCUUGUUACGUUCGGUUCAGGUUACGUUCUUUCAGGAUACGUCCCGCGGCAACCCAGAAGUAACGGAACGGGUUACUUCCGGGUUUCACCGCUCGCGCAUGCGUUCAAAAUGAUGUCACACGCAUGAGCAGAAGCGGCGCAUCGUGAUCCGUGCACAAGCAGACGUGGGUUGCGUUCAGCUUAUGUUGCGAAUGGGGCUCCGGAACGGAUCCCAUUUGCAACCAGAGGUACCACUGUAAUAAUAAUAAUAAUAAUAAUAAUAAUAAUAAUUUAUUAUUUAUACCCUGCCCAUCUGGCUCGGUUUCCCCAGCCACUCUGGGCAGCUCCCAAUCAAGUGUUGAAAACAAUACAGCAUUAAAUAUUAAAAAUUUCCCUAAACAGGGCUGCUUUCAGAUGUCUUUUAAAGAUAGGAUAGCUGCUUAUUUCCUUGACAUCUGGUGGGAGGGCGUUCCACAGGGCGGGCGCCACCACCGAGAAGGCCCUCUGCCUGGUUCCCUGCAACCUCACUUCUUGCAAUGAGGGAACCGCCAGAAGGCCCUCGGCGCUGGAUCUUAGUGUCCGGGCUGAACGAUGGGGGUGGAGACGCUCCUUCAGGUAUACAGGACAGAGGCCGUUAGGGCUUUAAAGGUCAGCACCAACACUUUGAAUUGUGCUCGGAGACGUACUAGGACACUGUACUCUAACACUAAGCCCAACACAGGGUUUACUUUUUGCCAGGUCUUAUUCAAGGCUCUCACAAUGCAACUUGGUGUCAGAUAAGGAACUGGAAGCAAGCCCUGUAGGUAAAGCAUGAGACCCUUAAUCACAGGGUUGUGGGUUUGAGUUCCACAUUGAGCAAGAGAUCCCUGCAUUCUAGGAGACUGGACUAAAUGUCCCUUUUUGUCCCUGCCAGCUCUACAGUUCAACAAUUCUAUUGCCAGCUCUACAGUUCAACUUCAGCCUUGUAGAGAUGGUCCCCUAGACUCCCACGCCUUGAAGUUUCCAGCCAUGGAAAACUAUUGGCCUGGGGGGUCUUAAGCUGAGCAGCUGUUAUCCCCCCCUCUCCUGUGCCCCUCUUAUAAAGGUUGGCAUUAAGGCUGUAAGACUGAAUUCAACAGGACGUUCUUCUGAGUAGACAUAGGCUUUGCACCUUCGUCCACUAAAACAGUGUUAAUCCGUGCUCGCGCAGGUGUCCGCAAGCCUUGCGCACCCGGGGAUCUCCCCGGGAGCGCAAGGCUGCGGGCGGCAGUCUGCAGCGCGGAGCACGGGGCGCCCUCCGGAGGACGCCCCGUGCUCAGCGCAGGUGUCGGCAAGCCUUGCGCACCCGGGGGAUCUCCCCCUGGGAGCGCAAGGCUGGCGGGCGGCCCCCGGCAGCGCGGAGCACGGGGCGCCCUCCGGAGGACGCCCCGUGCCUCGCGCAGAUGUCCGCAAGCCUUGCGCACCCGGGGAUCUCCCGGGCACGCAAGGCUUGCGGGCGGCAGCCUGCAACGCGGAGCACGGGGGCCCUCCGGAGGACGCCCCGUGCUUCGUGCAGGUGUCUGCAGCCUGCCGCCCGGCGCGUGGGGCGCCCUGAAGCAGAGCGCCCCUCACGCCGGGCAGACAUCGGCCAGCCCCACAAGCUCGGGGGACAACGGGAGGCGCAGCGCCGCCAUCCCACUGUUCCCCGACCUGGUUUUGGGUAACUUAUUUUUUAAUAACUAAGAAUGUUAAUAAACGGAAAGAAGAUAAAGUCCCUAACAUAGAAGAAUGGCAGAUUAAGGUGAUGGAUUUAUGCCGAAAUGGCUAAAAUGACUGGAAGAAUCAGAAAUCAGGAAGACCAAAAUUUUAAUAAGGAAUGGGGGAACUUUAUAACCUAUUAUCCUAAAAGGUGCAGGAGGAAAUUAUUAACAAUAGGACCCACAAAGGGGAGGAGGGGAGUCCAAGAGAUUCUUUGGAAUCUUGUUUCUAUGUUGUACGUUCGAUAUGUGACUGCAAAGUUUUAAUCUGAAAAACAAAAACAAAAAAGUAUCAAAAGAAGUGAAUAAGUCGAUCAAUGUGUGCUUCAAUGUGAAGAAUAUGCACAUCUCGGAAGUGAAUAAUGAGCCCAGGAUUGAUUCUUUGCCACCAGGAAUGGAAUGACUACAAGCUGCAGUGGAACCCAGUGGAUUUUGACAACGUCACUUCCAUCCGAGCGCCUUCUGAGAUGAUCUGGAUCCCAGACAUUGUGCUGUAUAACAAGUAGGUGCUUGGGCCAACAGGGAAAGGGGGAGCAGCUCAUUGAUUCAACAACGCCCCUUAAAAAUAUGCCGCGGGAAGUCCUUGUCCAUUCAGCACAUCGUUAAACUAUGGAACUCACUGCCACAGGGAGUUAGUGAUGGCCACAAACCCAGGUGGCUUUAAAAGAGGAAGAGCCAAUUUCGUGGAGGAGGAGAGGGCUAUGGAUAGCUGUUGGAGACCAGUUUCUGGAAACCACAGGAGGGGAAAAGUGGUCCCGUGUUCGAAUCCAGCUUGCGGGUUUCCCCAUAAUAGGCAUCUGGUCUGUGAGAACAGGAUUCUGGACUAGAUGAGCCAAUGUUCUUAAGCAUUCGCGCACGGGGAUUAAUCUGAGACAGGCCUCAGCAGGAGUAGCUCAGCACCAGUCAAGCACAUAAGAAAAGCCUUGCGAGAUCUAGUCCAGCAUCCUGUUCUUGCAUUGGCCACACAAAUGCCAUAAAGGGAAGCCUGAAAGCUGGACCCAACACUGUGGGAAUGUCCAGGGAGGCAUAUAUCCUUUCCAACUUGUAUUAACAAGUUCUAUAGUUUAUCAGAGUAACAUUCCCCCUUUAAAACUUGCGCAGCGGAUAGUGUUUGCCAGGCUUGUAUAAGCCUCUAAAGUAAGUUUCCUUGGUAAUUCCCCUUUAAAGGUAAAGGGACCCCUGACCAUUAGGUCCAGUCGUGGCCGACUCUGGGGUUGCGGAGCUCAUCUCGCUUUAGUGGCUGAGGGAGCCGGCGUACAGCUUCCAGGUCAUGUGGCCAGCAUGACUAAGCCGCUUCUGGCGAACCAGAGCAGUGCACGGAAACGCCGUUUACCUUCCCGCCGGAGCGGUACCUAUUUAUCUACUUGCACUCUGACGUGCUUUCGAACUGCUAGGUUGGCAGGAGCAGGGACCGAGCAACGGGAGCUCACCCCGUCACGGGGAUUCGAACUGCUGACCUGAUCGGCAAGCCCUAGGCUCUGUGGUUUAACCCACAGCACCACCUGUGUCCCUUACACCUUCACGGGUAAGAAUGCAAUAAAAUAAAUAAGUAAGCAAACAAGCUAGGAACCCACAGCACCACCCGCGUCCCUAAUUCCCCUUUAGUCCCUCCUUAAAAGAAAUAGACACGACACAGUCUUCUAUAAUAGAGUUUACUCACUCACUUCUAUAAGUGCAGUAGAGGGUGUGUGUGUGUGUGUGUGUGUGUGUGGUAACUCCACUUUUAAAAAAUGUGUGAGAAAUGCAGUAUGCUCUGUCGAAGGGCAGCCUUGUGGGGAGAUGCUCAGUCUGUGCACAUGGAAGAAGUACCUGCUAUUAUGACUUCUUGCGCAAGCAGUGUCCCAAUAAUGGCUUUGUUCCAUUGGCUGGUGUUCUGCUGCCAUCCAGUGGUACUUACGAAAAUAUUUCAGGCCAAAGGGGACUUCUCAAUCUGUUUUCCAUCCACCGCAGCGGAAGACCCAAAGGAAAACCACAUCAAAAGUCCCAGCAAAGGCCAGCUAAAUAAACAGCAUCCUCUGUAUCUACUAGGCUAGUUAUCACUUUAGCAAAGAAACAAGUGAGGUUAAUCGCUGGGUGUUUGGUUGCUAAUAAUAACAUAAUAAGCCACCUUUGCUGUGGUGGCAACCUGCACCUCCAUGGAAAGGGAGGCAUCGAAGGUUACACCCAAGCUCUUGACAGAAGGCGCUGGCACUAAUUGAGCCCCCGCAAGAGAUGGGAGUUGGCCCCCCAACCCCAUGUCGUCCCGACCCAGCCAGAGGACCUCUGUCUUCGAAGGAUUUAAUUUCAACCGGCUCCCACGCAGCCAUCCAGCCACAGCUUCCAAGCAUCUGGUCAGUGUGUCUGGGGCCGAGUCGGUGUGGCCAUCCAUCAACAGAUAGAGCUGAGUGUCAUCAGCAUAUUGAUGACAACCCAGCCCAAAGCUCCGGACAAUCUGGGCAAGGGGGCACAUAAAAAUAAUGAAAAGCAUCGGGGAAAGGAUUGCGCCCUGUGGCAGUCCACACACCAAGGAGUGCCACGGCGACAACUCCCUCCCUAGCGCCACCCUCUGUCCCCGACCUGAGAUAAAGGAGCGCAGCCAUUGUCGGACUGUGCCCUGAAUCCCCACGUCGGCAAGGCAGUGGUCUAAAAGUUCGUGAUUGACCGUAUCGAAGGCUGCUGACAGAUCUAAGAGAAUCAGCAGUCCAGACCUGUCUUGAUCCAAUUGUCUGCGGAGAUCAUCUGUUAGGGCGACCAAAGCCGUCUUGGUCCCAUAACCAGGGCAGAAGGAUCUGAUUUCUUUCCGCAGGGCCUGUAAGACAGAGUUGUUCCGCCUGGCCUUUGGCUUGGAGCCAAUUUGAUUCCCUCCCUCUCUUUCUUUUUUCUUUUCCUUCUCCUCCUGCAAGGAGGCUACAUUUUAAUAUUUUAAUGUUUCAAUAUUUUAAUGUUGUAUUUUAAUUUUGUUUUUAAGUUGUAAUCAUUCAACUUGUUUUUAUUAUUGCUAGUAAGCCGCUCUGAGCCCGGCCUUGGCUGGGGAGGGCGGGGUAUAAAUAAAAAUUAUUAUUAUUAUUAUUAUUAUUAUUAUUAUUAUUAUUAUUAAAAGCCAGACUGAAAUGGCUCCAGAGCCGAUGUUUCAUCCAGAAACCUACCAAGCUGUUCGGCAACCGCUCUGAAGUAUAAGCCAAGAAAAGAUAGGAAGAAUGAAAUAAAGAAAGAAAUGUAGAGCGGAAUAAGUAUUGUAUAUAAGUCAGCAGGGAAUUGAUUGUGAGGGUCAUGAUUUUAAGGAGAAGUAGAAUUGCUUAGAAAAGCUUAUAAAUUAGAUUUUGUGUUAAGUUUAUAAAACCAAUCACAAUCAUACGUUAGAAAUAAUAGAUUUCCCGCCCCCAUAACCCCUCUCUCUGUGGGAUGUAACAUAGGCAGUCAAGUACAACAUUUCCUGUUUCCUAGAGUGUACACGCAGGGGAAUGCUGCUCCAGCCAGAAGGACUUCCUGUCACACCUGGUCUGGAGCAUCACCCCCCUCUGUGUGACCAGGUAGAUGGGUGUGACCCUGGGAGACCCUAUAAAAGGGCUGGUCACGCAGCCAUCUACUGCCUCCUUCAAUUUAUUCCAUUUUGAUGUAUUUUGCUGUCUGCUGGUCCUCAGCCAGCAGCACAUGGGCUCAUUUCCCUACAUGGGAUAAACUCACACUCUCUUCUGUAACUACAAGCUAAAGUCUGCCUUCAGGGAACCUACUGUGAACUGAAUGUGAGUCAACUUCUUAUUACUUUAAAAAGAAGACUGUUGUGUCUUUAUUCUUUUUAAGAGGGAUCAAAGGGGAAUUUACCAGGAUCAAACCCAAUCUGGACAAGCCGGACUGGAUUGCUUAAGUGAAGAGAUUCAAGAGAAUCUACCAACUAGCUUCCUGCAAUAUACUGGAGAAUGUACUGUGCUACUCACUAGUGUGAGUGAGGAAGGAUAAUAUUUAAUCAAUAUAUUUCUCCUACUAUUGAGCGGCAAGGAUCCUAAUUGCUAAAAUCUGGAAAAAAGAAACUGUGCCAACAGAAAAGGAAUGGCAAGACAAACUGUUAGAGGAUAUUGAAUUGGCUAGAUUAACAGAUGCAAUUAGAGAUCACACUAGACAAGAGUUUAAAAAAGCACGGGGGAAAUGCAGAGAAUACUUCACAAAACAGUGCCCUAAAAUACAUACCUGGACUUGUUUUGAUUAAUGACUGCAGGAGACUUUGUGGAUAUUUAAGUUAUAAUUAGAAAAAUCUUAAUAAUUACUCAUAAAGGAAACAGUUUAUAAGAAGUAAAUAAGGAGGCCGGAUACACGAUAAAGGAAGUCUUUUAUUUGGUUGUUUGUAUUGUUGUAUGUUAUGCUUAUUGUAUGUUAUGUUCAUGUUUAACGAGGGUGGAUUUCUGUAUUGGGGGGUUAUGUUAUGUUGUAAAUAAAAUUUCCAAUAAAAAUUUAUAAAUACGUAUUUCUCCUACUAUCCACAACAUUCCCACACUCUCCUCCCCGUUGCUCCUUCAGUGCCGACGGGGAGUUUGCCGUGACGCACAUGACGAAGGCUCACCUCUUCUCCAACGGCAGCGUGAAGUGGACCCCUCCGGCCAUCUACAAGAGCUCGUGCAGCAUCGACGUCACCUUCUUCCCCUUUGACCAGCAGAACUGCAAGAUGAAGUUCGGCUCGUGGACGUACGACAAAGCCAAGAUUGACCUGGAGAGCAUGGAGCGGCAGGUGGACCUCAAGGACUACUGGGAGAGCGGCGAGUGGGCCAUCAUCCACGCUGUGGGCACCUACAACACUAAGAAGUACGACUGCUGCACUGAGAUCUACCCUGACAUCACGUACAGCUUCGUCAUCCGGCGCCUGCCCCUCUUCUACACCAUCAACCUCAUCAUCCCCUGCCUCCUCAUCUCUUGUUUGACCGUCCUGGUCUUCUACCUGCCCUCUGACUGCGGGGAGAAGAUCACCCUCUGCAUCUCCGUCCUCCUGUCCCUCACUGUCUUCCUCCUCCUGAUCACCGAGAUCAUCCCGUCCACCUCCCUGGUCAUCCCACUGAUCGGAGAGUACCUCCUCUUCACCAUGAUCUUCGUGACGCUCUCCAUCGUCAUCACGGUCUUCGUCCUCAACGUCCACCACCGCUCGCCCAGCACCCACAAGAUGCCCCAAUGGGUCCGCGCCGUCUUCCUGGACUUCAUCCCCAGGUGGCUCUUCAUGAAGAGGCCCCCGGUGCUGACGGCGGGGCUCAGGGUGUCCAGCGAAGAGGUGAUCGGGCAGUACGACGCGCCUCCGGCCAAUCUGAGCACCUCCCGGUGCUGGCUGGAGACGGACGUGGACGAGAAGUGGAACGAAGACGACGGCGGCGGUGGCGGCAGUGAGGAGAGGCGGAGGGCCGGUCGCCUGCCCCUCCAAGGCACCUGCCCCCACCACUGCCUCCAGUACCGUUACACCUGCGCCCGGCACCUGGGGAGGGGCUUCGUGGAACUGGUUCGGCGCCCGGCCACCAAAGCGGAGACCCCAACAUCCUCCGAGCAGGGGCUGCAGCUGUCUCCAAGCGUCUUGAAAGCCCUGGAAGGGGUGCACUACAUCGCCAACCACCUGCGGGCCGAGGAUGCUGAUUUCUCGGUGAGUUGUUGACUCUGGGAACCGAAAAGCUACCUUGUGGGGUUAGUACCCAGCGUCCCCCACCCCAGGCCCACUGUUGGGUUCUUAACACAAGCAAACAGUUCCCUCUAGACAUCAGGAACAGGGUUUCGCGGUAGUAGCGUCCACCCUGAGGCGUUCCCAAAGUAAAGGAAGGAUUGAACUCUGAUUAAUAAGAAUACACACAGAGGCUUGAACCAGCAAGACUCUGGGAAGGGUGCGUAUAAUAAGAAUUCCUGUCCACCCUCCGGCCCAGGUCGUUUUAUUCACAAAAGAAUUUUUUUACCGUGUUCGUAAGAACCAAUCAGAUUUCCUCUGAGCAUUUCAACAAACCCCACGUGGGGACAAAAUUACACUACAAAAGCUAAUUAAGCAUGCAUACUUCUGGGGUAAAUAAAACAAAACUACAAAGGAGUGCAUCUAGCAACCCCGGAGGUCAUAAACAAGCAAUAUAUGGAAAGGAGGAUAGGGAUCUUUAUCACCUUCAAGUGAAAGUCUGUUUCCUGGCCCUAAGAUUAACAUAUCAGAAAGGCUACAUCAAAGAAACUUGCCCACUAUAUUUUAUGGCCUAGGAUGCCUGGCCCAGGGAGGGUGCCACAACUGAAAAGGCCCUCUGGUUCCCUGUAACUUUGCUUCUCACAAUGAGGGAACCGCCAGAAGGCCCUCGGCGCUGGACCUCAGCAUCCGGGCAGAACGAUGGGGGUGGAGACGCUUCUUCAGGUAUACAGGUAAAGAGACCCCUGUAGGAAAACUCUUGCACAAUCUGCUAGAUGUGCUGUUUCAGGACCCAAAGGGAUGUCCAGGCAUUGUAGAGACCUGCUGGUCAAGGAGGUGUGACUUCAUGGUUUCUCCUAUGCUUGCAGGUGAAGGAAGACUGGAAGUACGUUGCCAUGGUGAUUGACCGCAUGUUCCUCUGGAUGUUUGUCAUUGUCUGCUUGCUGGGGACGAUUGGCCUCUUCCUCCCACCUUUCCUGGCGGGGAUGAUCUAG